AUGUUCUCUUCACCGAACUGUUCAGAUACUGUUAGCGCUCCACGUCCCAGUCCUGAUCGCGAGUCGAACAGCCUCGUCAUCAAUUACCACAACGAUCUGUCCUCCUUGGUCAAUGAUCCUCAGUGGUGGACAGCAAAUUUCGGUUGGCUGUCCUUUACACCUAAAAGGCCUUUCUUUGGUGGUGGUCUACUGGGGCGACUGGCAGACAUAUGUAUUGAGGAAAUCGAGGGAAAGUAUUCAAUGCCUGAAGACUUGAUAAAUAGCUGGACAAAGCUUGAAUACAUAAUUCGCAGUGUCAUCGUGAUAUUGGGGGGUGUGUACGAAAUACCUUCUAUCGGUCCUGCCUAUCCUGCAGCCAGAGGAUAUCAGAGGCAACAUGCUUAUCGAUCAGUAGCACAUCGGGAAGCCCAAGCUUCUCAUGAUAUAUUUGUGCUGUGGAUUGGCCUAUUAUCGUUCUUAAUAGCAGGAGCAGAUAGCUUAUCACAAAAGGGCUAUGAAUGGCCUUCUCUUCUCGAGAAUCAUUUGCAAUUCCAUCCUGCCAUUGCUGAUUUAAUUUGGGCAUCUGACCUUGGCACGUUCUCACACGAAGUUCAGCGCAUUGGAGCGUUUAUCUAUCUUACCAAAGAUGACAUCGAAAAGACUCACCAACCUUCUGUUCGCUGGCUAAUCGCUCACAACAUUCCGAUCUGGUAUCAAUGGGACGUGGACGAAAUAGAGUGGGCAAAGCAUGACCCAAUAUUUGCUCAAUUUGGUCCCCUGCAAAGUGGUGGAAUACCAGAGUCAUCUGCAAAUCCUCUUGGCUCUCCUGCAACCACAGUCAAAACAAUCACUUGGAGAGAAUUCUUUGAAAGACGUGAUGAAAAUGGUCCCUGUCUUUUAAGUCUGGAGACAGCAUUGGAGUGUGAAAGACACUUGAAUCGAGAACGAAAUCCACCCAUAAAAUCUGCAAAGGUUUUUGUAUGGGACCGUGACCCUGAACUCCCUGGUCGAGAAGUCCUUGCUAGUGAACGUAUCGAGACUUUGGAGGAAUAUGGCCCUGAACAGAAAAGAUAUGAUUCCUACUGGAACGAAUGGGAUUGUUGUUUUGAAUUUGGAAGGUUCCGUACUCCAUCUCCAGAUGAAAUGGAAGAUGAGCACAUGGAUAUGGCCCCCUCUGCAGAUCAACAAGCUUCUGAAUAUGAUAUUGAUUUCAUCCCUCAUGAACAACGAUGCCCAACCCCUCUACUUGAUGAUCUGUAUGAGCAAACAGAUGUACCCCCAGAUAUCUUUCAAGAUGGCCCCCAGUCAACAAUCGCCAGCUUAAUUUCAGAAGUACAGGAGAUCUUGACCCUUCACUAUGGCAUGGUUCUGCCAGAUCUUAACCAAGCCAAUCAUAAGGAGGUUUCAGACAAAGAGAAGAAAUUCUGGCUGCGGUGGAUUGGAGUUUGUGAAGAGAAAAAGCUUGAAUCUGUUGUUUCUCAUUUCUGGCCAACUGCACGAGGCCAUUUUUUUGUUGAAUUUACAUGUCAAAUUCUCGAAGGGCAGCAAAUCAUCUCCGAUCUUGAACUUCCAAAAUCUUCUUCUUUUUGUGAACGCCUGGAUUCUAUUGCCUUGUACAGAAAUUCUGACACCGAUGUACCAGCGAAAUGGCUCUAUGUAUUUUUAUUCAAUAAAGUCACAGUUCGCUGGAGGCUAGCUGUAACAACAGCCUCUGAUGUGUUGCUGGUUUGCCGUCUUGAUGCUCAAUUUCUGGAUGUAGAUAUUGCACGUUUCUUGGCAUUACCUAUCCUUCGUGGUGGUUUUUUGUGGCGAUUGACAAUUGGAAGUGUGAGCAUAGAUGAGUUGUUGGAAGGACCUGUUGGAGGAGGAAGCCUUCUUGUUGUUGACGAUAGGAAAGGAUAUCCGCCACUUCUCGAUGAUAAGCUGACUCAUAAUGAAAUGGACUGGAUCUGUGGAAUGUAUGUGUGCUCAACAGGAGUUGCCAAAGUAUAUUCCAACAAAUCAUGGUGGCCACCUUACAACAUCUUUGACAACAACAAUGCAUGUGAAAGUUAUGGUCACUGGAUGAGAUGUUGGAAUCAACAUAUGUUAAAUGCUUGCAAGAUAUUCGUUUGGGUGCAGCUCAACCUCUUACAGUAUCAGAUUGGAGGAAUAAUAAGCUCAAAGGACAUAAGGAAACAUGGGAACUCAAAUCUAUGA